AUGCCAAUUGCUGAAUACGUGUACACAGAACACUUCAGAGAAAUGAACAUAGCUCAAGAUGUUUAUUCGUCAUUUACCGACAAGAAGAACUCCAACGAUCAAUUUUUGUACGUACAUGGAUUACUAAAAGAAUAUGAUUGGUUACCUACAAAGUGCGAUGGUCGUAUUAGACUAUCACAGGCGCAUCGACGAUGGAGAAAACGGCUGAAAAAAUACCUUAAAAAACAAGGAUUGUUGAUAAAUAUGGAUUGUACCACGGCAAAUAAAAAUAAUCAUACGUCUGAUCAAUAUAGAUCGCGUGGUAAUGAAGCAUUUAAAAUUAAAAACUAUGAGGAGUCGCUAAAAAUGUAUACUCAAAGUAUAAUGACUGCAGAAAUUGACUCUCUCAGCUUUGCUUUGUCAGUGGCAAAUAGAUCUGCUGCUUUAUAUUAUUUAGAAGAGUAUGAGCAUAGUUUAAAAGAUAUUGAUCAAGCAUUUCAAUCCAAACGGUAUCCAUUGCAGAAUAAUUACAAGUUAUUUGAAAGAAAAGGAAAUUGUUACCGUCAGAUGAAUCAUAUCUCCAUUGCUUUAGAAUUGUAUUCGGAUUGUUUAUUACAUUUAAAUAGUAAUACACAUUUAACAUUUGCCAAGAAAGAAAAAAUCAAAAUCAGAAUAUCAGAAUUUGUAAAAAAAUGUGAAGUAGUAGAAGAAAGAAGAAAUAAAAUUAAUAUUAAAUAUAAAAGUUUCACAAAACUUAAAUUUGAUAAAAACUCUGGCUUAUCGAAAUGGGUUGAAAUACAAAAUUCAAAAGAAAUGGGAAGAGGAUUAUUCGCAUCAAAAAACAUUAAGCCUGGUGAAAUACUCAUUAUAGAAGAGCCUAUUGCUGGUGUAUUUAAAAAUAGUAUGUGGAUGUUCAACUGCAAUUAUUGUUUCCAACGAUGUUUAUCAGCCAUACCGUGUUCCAAAUGUUCACAGGUUGUUUACUGUGAUGAGACGUGUCUACGUAAGGCCUACACCAGUUAUCACGGUAUGGAAUGUUCAUUAGUCUAUCCUCUCAAAGCGGACCCUACUGUUGAACCCACUCACGAUCUGGCUUUACGUUGUUUUGUUCAGCUUAUAAAUUUAAUGGGUGUCGAACAUUUCUGCUCAAUGGUACGAAAGUAUAAUGAACCAAACUUUAGUUUUGACAAAAGCAGCAAUAAUUGUUUUAUGGACAAAACUUUCCACUCGAUCUAUGCACUGGACGGAAAUGAGACCAAAAGGACCGUAUCCAAUUUAUUUUUCAUGCAUUGCACUGCGUCAAUGAUGGUGUCUCUGUUGUCGUUAAAUGAAUAUUAUGAUAUACCGUCCAAUUUUUUAGACACUAUUGGUGUAUCUUUAGUCCAUUUGCUGUGUAUAGCCAACUUGAACUCGUACGCGUCUGUUGAGCUUUCCAAGUACAUCGGCAAGACCAGUAAUAAUAUCUCGAAUCGAUCAGCUACUUAUGAUUCCAUCGCUCUUGUUCUAUGCUCUGCGUACAGUUUGAUAAAUCAUUCGUGCGAUCCAAAUGUUAUUGUUCAAACGUAUAGUGGUGUGGAGGUGACUCGGGCAAUACAACCGAUUUCAAAAGGAUCUCAACUGUUCACUGAUUAUGGCGUAAAAUUUAUGUCACACUGCAAAGAAGAACGUAUUACACAUUUAUUUGAUCAAUACCAAUUCCAAUGUCAGUGUCAAGCUUGUACGAACGAUUGGCCAAUCUAUGCAUCGCUGGAACUCGAUGAAUUAUUUAUUAGCAAUGGUCCACUGAUUAUUAACGACAGGGACGGCGACAACCACCUUAGUAUUCCAAAAACGACUUUAUCCAAAUUCAAUGAAAUUGUAGAUUUAUUGUUAAUACAUCGCAAGAUAAAUGUUGAUUGUUUAGAUUUUUUAUUUUCAUUUUUAGAUUUAUUGUACUCCAAUUUUGAAAAACCAUGUGCCAUAAACUAUAAAUGUAUUCUAUUAGUCCAAGCAUGUAUGUAUUACACUUCAGAUCAAGUACAUUAUGUCAUUGAAUAA